CGGAAGCGGGCCGGGCCCGGCGGCGAGGAGGAGCGCGGCGCCGGCGGGGGCGGCCGGGCGCGGGCGUGCGAUGGAAACGCACAUCUCGUGCCUGUUCCCCGAGCUGCUGGCCAUGAUCUUCGGGUACCUGGAGGUGCGGGACAAGGGCCGCGCGGCGCAGGUGUGCACGGCCUGGCGGGACGCCGCCUACCACCGCUCGGUGUGGCGGGGCGUGGAGGCCAAGCUGCACCUGCGCCGCGCCAACCCCUCGCUCUUCCCCAGCCUGGCGGCGCGGGGCAUCCGGCGGGUGCAGAUCCUGUCGCUGCGGCGCAGCCUGAGCUACGUGAUCCAGGGCAUGGCGGACAUCGAGAGCCUCAACCUCAGCGGCUGCUACAACCUCACCGACAACGGGCUGGGCCACGCCUUCGUGGCGGAGAUCAGCUCCCUGCGCUCGCUCAACCUGAGCCUCUGCAAGCAGAUCACGGACAGCAGCCUGGGACGCAUCGCCCAGUACCUCAAGGGCCUCGAGGUGCUUGAGCUGGGGGGCUGCAGCAACAUCACCAACACCGGGCUCCUCCUCAUCGCCUGGGGCCUGCAGCGCCUCAAGAGCCUCAACCUGCGCUCCUGCCGGCACCUCUCCGAUGUGGGCAUUGGGCACCUGGCGGGCAUGACCCGCAGCGCAGCAGAGGGCUGCUUGGGCCUGGAGCAGCUCACGCUGCAGGACUGCCAAAAGCUCAGCGACCUCUCGCUAAAGCACCUGGCCCGCGGGCUGGGCCGCCUCCGCCAGCUCAACCUCAGCUUCUGCGGGGGCAUCUCGGACGCAGGGCUGCUGCACCUGUCGCACAUGAGCAGCCUGCGCAGCCUCAACCUGCGCUCCUGUGACAACAUCAGCGACACGGGCAUCAUGCAUCUGGCCAUGGGCAGCCUGCGGCUGUCUGGCCUCGACGUCUCCUUCUGCGACAAGGUGGGGGACCAGAGCCUAGCCUACAUCGCACAGGGCCUGGAUGGGCUGCGCUCCCUCUCCCUCUGCUCCUGCCACAUUAGCGAUGAGGGCAUCAACCGCAUGGUGCGACAGAUGCAUGGGCUCCGCACCCUCAACAUUGGCCAGUGCGUCCGCAUCACUGACAAGGGCCUGGAGCUCAUCGCCGAACACCUCAGCCAGCUCACGGGCAUUGAUCUCUAUGGCUGCACCCGCAUUACCAAGCGGGGCUUGGAGCGCAUCACCCAGCUGCCCUGCCUCAAGGUGCUCAACCUGGGACUUUGGGAAAUGACUGAGAGCGAGAAGGUCAGGUGAGAGGAGGGGGGUGCCCCGAGACCUCCAUCUCUUCUGGAGGGACUCACUGACUGACUGCUGCAAUGGAGGAGAGAAAGAGAGAGAGGGGCACGCACAGAGCCAUGCUACCCACGCACCCUGGCACCAGAGGGAAGAACGUAGAGAAAGAGAGUAUAUCCUCAGCCCUUCUGUGCUGCCUACCUACCCUUGCUCUGGAGGAGGAGGAGGAGGAAGGGGGGAGGGGGCAGGAGGAGAGAGAGAAAGCACCUAUCCUUUUUCCAGGUCAUGCCUCCAGCUCCACACUGGGGAGACAGAGCUCCCCCUUCCCCCACAGCAUCCUUCUGUGCAGAAGAGGUAGAAGCCCAUACUCUUAUGCACUGGGGCUAGAGACACCCCUCUUUAUCCCCACUCCCUGAUUCCAUCCCCUCAUGCACUAAGGAUGGAUAAAGAAAGACCCUUGUUCUGCCAUGUAUUCAGAAUUUUUGGUUUAUAUAAAGGAGAGUGGGAAUGGAGAUGGGAACAACAGCAGGAAAGGCUUCCUAGCUACACUUAUAUACCCAGCCACCCAGUCAUCCUGCACUGGGCACAGACACAGCUUUUGGUAAAAUAACCAUUCCACCUCUGCGCUUGCCCCUCCCAUGUCAAUUGGGAAUUGUGACAGAAAUACUGCUCCCUAGGUACAUUGAUUUUUUUUUUAAUUAUUAUUUUUUGUUUUUUAAAAAUCUGUUUUCAGUCUCCAGUUCCAUGUUAUUCUCUGCUGUGGGUGGAUACAACCUUCCACUAUUCCAGUUCUCCACUGCACUGAGAUUAGGCAUAGCUCCAGCCUCUCCUUUUGUCUGUAUGUUUCUGUGUCACCUUGCACUAUGGUUAAUGGAAAAGCCUAGGCACUCCAUUCUCUCUCCCCAUAUCUCUCCUGGAGAUGAAGAUACCAUAUCCUCCUUCUCCUGUCUGUGGGGACUGGACAUGGACUCCAGUUUCUUAAGCCUUCCCAUGCACUGGGGGACACAGAGUCACCAGGCUCAUUUUACCUUUCAUCAUUCUCUCUUUUUCUCCCCUCUUUUUUCUUGGCAACAGGGAUAGACAUAUCCAACUACAUAUCCAUUCCUCUUUGGGUCGGGGUGAGUGGGUAGAAGGGGUGAUUAGCUCCCCCUCUACCCAGGGGACAUUAGGAAGAAUCUCCAGCUUCAUUUCUGCUUCAUUUGAGAUACUGUGACCUGUUUUUAUUUUGAAAUGCAUAAAAAAAUUACAGCUACAAAAACAGCCUCUUACUCUCCCAUCUACCCCUUGCUUAUGUCCUGUAAGUGAUCCCAGUUUUCCUCACUCAGUCUCCUCUUUACAGUAUUCAUUUUCUUACAUGGUUUUAUUUUUAAAGACAUAUGAAGUUGCUGUUCUUGUGGAUUUUUAAGUACAUUUUUUUCUGCUGAAUAUAUUCUAUAUAUAUAAAUAUAUAUAUGAUGUCUGGCUACCUCGUUUUAAUUUGUUACUUCCCACCCCACCCCACCCCUCCAAAGCCCUGGAAUUCUUACAGGAAUGAGAUUUUAAGACUGAAACAUUUUUGUGCCUAGACUGGAAUAAUGCCCCUUGGGUUUGUUCUUCUAUUUUACCCCUCCCCCCCCCCUUUUUUUUAUCUUUUUAGUUUUUGUUUUUAAGCUCACCUUACUUUGUCCUACCUUCACAUUCUGGUUGUGCCUCUCCCUCCCUCUUCACUGGGGACUGGGGACCCAAACUCUGUUUCUGCAUUUUUACUCUUCUAGACAGACAUAUAACAUGAGAAUCCAUGCUGAGGAUUGGGCUAAUGUUAACAGAAAUGUGUAAGAUGCAAGUCUGUUUGCUUGGGGUUUUGUAAUAACUAUAUAUACAGAUAUAUGCAAAUGCUUUCCCCUCCCAAAUCACCUACAAAAGGUCGCCAUGCCAGGCUUCCUGUUUGUAGGUGGAGAGGAAUAGAGCUGGCCUACAGGCCCUGAGGCUGCAAUGUGAAGGGGAGGAGACUGAAGUUCAUCUGUCUUAUCUCUGUUCUGUCAAUAAAAUGGAGCUGGGUCUUUUUUUUUCAUUAUUAUUUUAAAGCGGAAGAGUAAGUGCAGGUUUUUGUUUUCUUUUUUUUUUUUUCUUAAAAAUAUCUUGGCUUUUUUUUUUUCCCCCUCAGCUGUUCAAAAUCUCAAAUCCUCCACAGUAACAGGCCAGACCAUGGAGUUAACGCAAACCCAGAGACCCCUAUGGAUUAAUUGUACUGUUUGUGAAUUUGUAUAAAAAAAUAACAAAGAUCCUCUUAAAACAUUUUAUAUUCUUACAGUAAAAGGUUAAACAUAUUUAUAUAAUAAAAGAGGAAAUAUGAAGUAUGUUUUU